CUGUCACAGUCCAGCCGCUCGUUUUUGGUCUCAUAUUUUCAGGUACAAGACCAACUUCGAGCAACACAACUUUUUCAAGUAUCAGCACCACCCGCACUAUGGACCCUUCAACCAUCACCAGCCUUGUGAGUCGCUGCACUGCAAUCGCUCACCGGGUCGGCUGGAUACUAGUUGAUCUUAAAGACCUGGAAAAACGCUAUGUAGAUGUUGAAGUUGGCAUUACGUCGCUGACCAGCCACUUGGGUAACAUUCGGGCAAUGAUAAACAGAUUGAGUCAGCGGGUAGAGAAAGGCGCUGUUCAAACAUUCGAGUUGGAGAAGCAAUUCCGAUCUUCGUUGGAAGCCUGUGACCUCGUCAUUGAGACGAUACAGAGCCAAGUUGCUCGAGCCUUGUCAAGCGCCACCCCUGGGCUCUUCAAGUUUGGCAGAAAGCGAAAGCAUCUGUGGGAUGAAGGAACGGUGAAGGAGCAUCAGAAACAGCUUAACAGCCAGCUACAAUGCCUGAGCAUCUUCAUCCGGGCGGUCCAGCUAUCUCCGAUCGAUCAAGCGGCUGCUCUACGGAGCCAGGAUACCACUGCUAUCCUGACAGAAGCCCGCGAUGACGCUGCGGUAUUCUCUGGAAAGCCGAAAUCUAGUGCAGGUCGACCUGACUCUGCCAUUUCUAUGUCUAGUGUCUAUUUGAAUAACAAUGGGGCCGCUUCCAACCCCCAUAAGGGACCCUUGCAUGCCCUCAUGAGGACUCGCUCGACACAUCAAAGGAACCUAUCAGCAAUACCCGAGCGCUCCGUAAUUUCCGAGGUCGACGAAGAACUUCAGGACCCGAAGCCCAACGGUACCGACGGUUCAAGAAACUCAGCGGCACGGAAUCAUUUCAAACGCUGGGCCUCCUCAUCGAAAUAUCAAACGAACGAGCCUCACGCUCUUUCGGUCCGCGAAGACAACAGGCCUCAGCAGGGUGUACCACAAAAUUUCAACGACCCUGGGUUCCGAAACACUCCCUCUCCUACACCUCCAGACGAGGAAUUUGGUGUCGAUGACCUGGCAUUAUCAAGACCCUCCUCCUCGUAUACGCUCACGGAAGUCGACGGAUAACGCAUGGGUUUGACUCGCGCCACAUAAAAUUAUACCAACUUGAGAUUCCAGAUCCGAACGAUAAGGUCGAUAACAUUACACCACGCGCGCGUCUCAAGCAAUGCAUUGGAGCACCACGUACAUUCGCAGAUAAGCAGAAAAGGGCC